UAAAAAUGGACCCUUCAGCCCAAGAUACAGAGAUGUUUGUUCCUCGUAAAGUAAACAAGGAGGAAGACUUGAACCCAGAUGGUGAUAUUCUAGGAGUUAUGAGAGUCAAGGAGAAAAUGAAUUCUGCCAUAAAACUAAAUUCUAUGGAAGUGAACCAUAAAAAGUGGUUAGAGAUCCUACUUGGAACUAAUAUUUCUGAGAAUAAACUAGACAAGCUUCCUUCAACAAUUGUCACCCCAGCAUUCACAUUCUGAGAAGAGAAGAUUCGCCAAAAGAGAAUGAAGAGACUUCCUGGGUCAGCCACGACUGUUAUCUCUGGAAGCCAGAUGAACGAUAAUUCAGACUACCUUAGCAUGCAUGGUUACGACAUGAACUAAUCUCUGACUUCUUUU